AGAAAGAAAAAUAGAUAAACACAGAAACUCCUUCUUCUUUUAAAGCAUCUCUCUCUCUACAAUUGAAACAGAUGGAAGAGCAAUCGGUUUUAAGCUCAAAAAGCCACAUAACUCCAUGUUCGUCGUCACAGCCUGAACUAGGCAGCUCAUCAUGGCAAGUUGAAGCAAAAACCCAAAAGCGAAAAGCUGGAAGGAAGAAGUUUCAAGAGACUAGACAUCCUGUUUACAAAGGCGUUAGGAGAAGGAACGGAAAGUGGGUCAGCGAGCUGCGAGAGCCUAUCAAGAAAUCCCGAAUCUGGCUCGGGACGUUCUCGAGCCCAGGCAUGGCUGCUAGGGCUUAUGAUGCAGCGGCCUUAGCUCUCAAGGGAGAUUCUGCUUCCUUAAACUUUCCUGAGUCAGCUAAUGCAUUACCACGUGCUAGGUCAUCCUCCAUCAGGGAUAUACAAUAUGCUGCUAUGGAGGCUGCCGAGGCGUUUGGUGAUAUUGCCAAAACACCAUCUCCUUCGCCUUCAUUGUCAUCGUCGUCGUCGUUGCCGUCGCCGCCACUGCCAAGCUUGGAGAACUCAUCGGAAAAUGUACAAGGGAGUUCAGAGAAGUUGUUUUUGGAUGAAGAAGAGGUGUUUAACAUGCCAGGGAUACUUGACAGUAUGGCAGAAGGGCUGAUACUAACCCCACCAGCUAUGCAAAAAGGGUACUAUAAUUGGGAUGAUGAUGUAGAUGAUUAUAUGGAAUUCACUCUGUGGGGUGACUGAGUUGUUAGUGCUUAAGCUACCUAUGCCUCCCAGUUAGAGCUUUGAAAACCUCCAAUGAAAAUGGGUCAAAUUAUUGC